AUGUCUUCCCAAUCCCACCCGCUUCGCAACAUCCAGACGUCGACCGUCUUUGUCAACACAACCCUCGCUGGCCUGAACCUGGGCCUCUCCGUCUUUGUCAUACCCCGCCUCCUCGAGUCGCCGACUCCCCUCAUGCUACGACAAUGGUCCAAUAUGUACAAGCGGACCAGUCGGUUCUUCCCGCUAUCGAUCCUCUUCUGCGCAUUGAGCUACUGGUACAUGGCAUACGCUGUGCGCCACCUGCCCAGUAAAUCGAGGCUACUGGCCGCUGCCGGUGGCCUUUGCUUCACCAUAGUUCCCUGGACUGGGUUCUUCAUCCUCAGCAUCAACAAGAAGCUGUUCCGAAAAGCCGAGGAAACAAAAGAUAUGGGCAUAAUGGCUAUUGGUCUCACGCAGGAAGAAGAGGAGGGUGCCAAAUAUUUGGUUGAUCAAUGGGGCUUAUACAAUCUCGGAAGGAGCAUUGCCCUCGGUCUUAGUAGUGCCGUUGGCCUUUACAGCAUCGUUUCCUGA